ACUCAGUUACAAGCUUCAGUCGAAAUACCUCGCAGGUUAGCAGAUUUUAAGAUAUGAAUUGUCAGUUCACCACUAUUCCAGUAGUGAAACUAACUAUCAUCUUUGUUUUACUGCAAAUAAGCCAUGGAUCACGUCUGACAUGUUACCACUGCCGAGACAGCAGAGUCCAAAACAACACAUGUCUGGAAAUGCCUAAAUACACGACAGGUUACAUCAAAGUGUGCCCCACAAGAUCCUGUUUCAUAAAAAGAGUACAGAUCACUGGAACGGGUGUAUUGCGCUUGUUGGAGCGUGGCUGCGUGGAGAUGGUGGACGCGGGAGUGCAGGUGGCCAUAGAUACCACAUAUCUGAGGAUAUGCAACUCCACGCUGUGCAACGACUGGGACGGCGUGGCGGACAAGUUCCCCGCGACUCCGCCAGAUAGCAGCGGCGUCUCUUCGGAUGGCGUGAGCGGUGACGACAGCGUGGUGCUGCUGGCGCCUGGCUCCUCACUUGGUUCACAUGUCCACGAGCGAGUCUGGCUGCUGCCGCCAUUACUGCUGCUGCUGCUGCUGCUGCUGUUGCGCUGAGACCUGCACCCGCGCUGCGCAUUAAAUACACACACAUUAAGAGAUGUUGAUGCAACAAAAUAAGUGAGACAAAUGUUUGUAACCAAAAGAAUUUUGCUUUACUUAAAAUUUAAUUUUUAAUUACAUUUAAAUAAUACAUUAUAAGUAAUCCCAUUGGUUCAUACUAUGAAAUUAAUACUAAAUAACUGUGAAUACUAAGAUAUAUAUAUUUAAGUUAAAACACUGUCUGUGUAAAGUUUAGUCUAUUUUUUUACAACAUACGCAAAUAUUUGUGAUUGUCACUGAACAAUUUAAUUCAGUUUAUCUGUUUCAACAUUCGUUUUUGAUAUUGCAGAAGCAUAAUCUGGUGAUAAGACCCAAAUUGUAUAUCAAAACUCGCACCAGUAAUACAAUUACUGUAUAACAGUGUGUCCUGCGCCUGCGGGCGCUUGUGCAGCCGAGAGCCUUGGGUUGUGACAUCACAGCCGCCAUAUUGGAUGUUCUUGACCUCCACCUUCCAAAUAAGACAAAAAUACCUAGAUAUAUCCCAUUUUUUGAAAAACUUUAUAACCAAUUCUUUAAAUAAUCUGAAAACCCGGAAGUUCCCAUUUUCGAGAGAAUAAUCAUCGUUUUGAGAAAAAAAAAUGAUAUAAGUCAAUGAAUACUGUUUUAUGAAAAUGAAAUAAACAUUUAUUUUACCGAGAAGGUGGGGAAUUUGGUACUUUUCUUCAUUGCAUAAUACAGCAUAACACAUUACAUUUAAAAAUUUUAUGUUUUUAAUCAUCAUUGAAAGCAUUACGUGUAAACAUUUUCAAUAAAACACGCCGAACACAGGGUGAAAGUCUUUGGUAAACCGACUUCAGAAGCCAAAAGGUACUGAAAUGGAAGGUAAGAUAAUGGGCAUAAACAACACGCAAAUAACACGUAGCUACAGCAUAUUUUUUAGCAUGAUUUGUUUUUCAAUCCUAAUCAAAUAUGAUUUUUUACAAAUAUAUUUAACUUUGGAAAUGAGAGGAUGGCUGAAAUACUUGUAAGUUAAGUUAAUUAAGUACUCACUAUAGAGGAGAUAAGAAAUUAAUAUAUGUUUCAGAAUUUUUAAACAUGUUAUCUGUAAUUAGUCGAAAAAGUAGAAGGAUCGAUUUUUUAAUGUCUAAGCAUAUGUCCAAAUCCAAUUAAACGAGAAAUGAGAAAAUUGGUAAAAUAAAGUACCCUUAAAAGAAA